UGCGCAUGCUCGGUGUAGUAGCCGGUCAUGGCGGCGGUGUGUGUUUGUCCAUGAGGCGGGGGACGUAAUUCUUGCGGUCUGUGACAGAGCGAACCGAAGCGCUGCCAUGGCCGGAGUGUUUGACAUUGAUUUGGACCAGCCGGAGCAAAAUGUCUCCGAUGAUGAGACUGACGAGGCACAAAUCAAUGACAUCAUGGACCAGUGCAGCGGAUUUGAAUUUAACAUGGAAGGUUGCGAGAAGAUAGAGAUAUCAGAAGAUAAUGUCAAUCAGGGGACAGAAAAUAUUAGACCAGAGUGUUUUGAACUGCUAAGAGUUCUGGGUAAAGGCGGUUAUGGAAAGGUAUUUCAAGUUCGAAAAGUCGUCGGAGCCGCUUCAGGCAAAAUAUUUGCCAUGAAAGUCUUAAAAAAGGCAAUGAUUGUACGCAAUGCCAAGGACACAGCCCACACCAAGGCGGAGAGGAACAUCCUGGAGGAGGUGAAGCACCCUUUCAUUGUUGAUCUCAUCUACGCCUUUCAGACAGGCGGGAAGCUGUACCUCAUCCUGGAGUACCUGAGCGGAGGAGAACUCUUCAUGCAGCUGGAGAGGGAGGGGAUUUUCAUGGAAGACACAGCUUGUUUUUACCUAGCUGAGAUUUCGAUGGCUCUGGGUCACCUGCACCAGAAGGGCAUCAUCUACAGAGACCUGAAGCCUGAGAACAUCAUGCUGAACAAUCAAGGCCAUGUCAAGUUAACAGAUUUCGGACUGUGCAAAGAGUCGAUUCACGACGGUACAGUCACUCACACUUUCUGUGGUACUAUCGAAUACAUGGCCCCGGAGAUAUUAAUGCGAAGCGGACAUAAUCGAGCCGUAGACUGGUGGAGUCUGGGCGCUCUGAUGUAUGACAUGCUCACCGGGGCGCCGCCAUUCACUGGCGAAAACCGCAAGAAGACCAUCGACAAAAUCUUGAAGUGCAAGCUUAGCCUGCCACCCUACCUCACACAGGAAGCCAGAGACCUCCUGAAACGGUUGCUUAAGAGAAACGCCUCAUCGCGGUUGGGAGCAGGCGCUGACGAUGCCAAGGAGGUGCAGGCACAUCUCUUCUUCCGACACAUCAACUGGGAACAUUUGCUGGCUCGAAAAGUCGAGCCUCCUUUCAAACCUUUCUUGCAAUCAGCUGAAGAUGUGAGUCAGUUUGAUUCUAAAUUCACCAGUCAGACGCCGGUCGACAGCCCUGAUGACUCGACGUUGAGUGAAAGUGCUAAUCAAGCUUUCUUGGGCUUCACCUAUGUGGCUCCUUCAGUCCUGGAAAAUAUCAAAGAGAAAUUCUCCUUUGAGCCAAAAAUCCGUUCGCCUCGGCGAUUCAUUGGCAGCCCUAGAACGCCUCUCAGCCCAGUCAAAUUUUCAGGAGGGGACUGCUGGCUACGGAGUUCCCUCCUCCCUAGCGGAGGACCAACUCUCCUCCAGUCUUCUCAGGACCAGGCUAUGGAAGUCUCCACUCCAGAGCAGAUGGAUGUGACCACCAACUCGGAAGCCUCGGCCCCUCUUCCAAUUCGUCAACCUGCCGGGGUCAACCUGGCUCAGAUGAAGCAUCAAGCAUACCCUGUGAUGGCCAAAAGGCCCGAGCAUUUACGUAUGAACCUAUGACCCAACUCCCCUCCAAUUUAUUUCUUGACUUUUUUCUUUUUGUUGAUAUUUUUAAGAAGCAAAGCAAAAACGUACGGAUGCUAGAGACAAUUUCAAUCAAAUCCUGCCCAUCCACACACUACAUGUGCUGUCAGCCUGGCGGUGGAAUGCUGAUCCGGGAAGCCAGUGUGCCUCGGUUCAUACAUCAGUGUUACCAUCUUGCAUUGUCGUCGCCACAUUUCUGGUUCCACAUUUGAUCCCCUCCCACAUCUUACUGAGCUGGUGCUAGGAAGGACCGAAGACAUUCGGAUGAGCUCCAGCAAGAGAUAUUUUUUAGCAAAAAGAGCAAUCUGCUGUACAAGACAUCCAAGUGCUUUAUGCUGAUUUAGUGAAUGCCAUUGAAGUUGCUCAUGUUGCUGAGAGACAGCAAAUGAUUCUCGAUUCUGUGAAAACAAAAAGAUGCAAUUAGGUCUAUAGUGGUGGCUGUAGCUUUCAUCUAAUAUUGUGCUAUGCAUCAAUUAUGAAUAAGAGCCUAAAUGAAACAUAUCAAUUAUGUUUGGACUUUUUGCCAUUUGGAAGAAGGGGCAUUACGGGUUCGAUGUGCUUGGAGACCCAUACAAAAUUAAUCUGCCCCCCUCUUAGGAUGUCUGAUUGCAUUAUUGUCAUUUAGCAUAACACGAAUAAGCAUCCCACUGUCACGGCGCCCAGUGACAUCUGGGCACUUUUUUCAGUUUGAAUGCUCUCAUAAAUUUGGGCUUAUUCGCUACCUCCAAGCUCACUUGUUUGGGAGGACAUUUGAAAAUUCCUGGUUAAGCAAGGGAAAUUAUAAUAAAAUAGAAAAAUGUGUUUUGUUUUUGUGUCUUUUGUGUGUGACAGCACUUCACAGCCACAAGUCAAUGUUUAAUGACAUUGGAUGUAUUUCAAGUCACUUCUCAUAUCAGCCUCAAGAUAAAAAUUUACACAACUGUCCAACCCUGUUUCCAUCAUAAUUUGAAUUCUAGAUUUUAACACAAGACAUCUUUCUUGUGACCAAUUAAACCAACCAAAAAAACAAUUCAAAAUACCAUAUGUAUUCUAUAAAAGGCAUCUUAGGAUGACUAUUUUCAGUCACUAGAUUUAAUGCAAAGCUUGCCAGGCUUUGUGGGAUGGGCAUAACCGAUUCAAUGAUCAUGGAAGAAAUUCAACCAAAUUAUUGUGUCAACAAAAAAAGUUAAAAAAUAUUCAGAACAUGUCAACAUCCAACCCCAAGGCAAAGUGGUACUUUGGGAUAGGAAAAAAAUUAACUAGUGGGAAUCUGCAAACAAAAUCUUGUAUGCUCGGUCUCAGAAACAAAUCAGUGGGUCAUUGUCACAAUUCAUACAUCUUUAGUAGCUUUUGACUUUUCAGUUGUAAUGGUGAUGUUCUACAGGUGUAAAGCUGUACUCAUUUUUUAACUUCUAACAGGCAAAUGCGUUAGUUAUUGGCAGAAAGUGGGUUUCAAGUAUGCAUGCAACACAAAG